AUAAAUCGGCGAAGAUAUAUUUGAGCAUUUGAGCUUGGACGGAUUACAAAUUGGACAAUAAAAGUACAUUAAUAAAACACAAACAUAAAUAUUCGAGGCCAUCAAAUAAAAAGCGGAUACCAAAAGCUGUAAAAUGCAAAUCAUUCGUCCACAAAAUUUACUUCUCCUCCUGGGCAUCUGCUUAGUCUUCCUGCUCCAUGAAGCCAACGCUGGCAAGCUGAAGCUUCUUGCCUUCAAAGGUCCACAUGGCGGUUUCGUCAAGGUGAAAGCGCGUACCCCAAAGCUGCUGGGCCUUAAGGCUGGUUUGAUUGGCGGCGCUUUGGGUGCUGGACUUGGCGGUGGCAUCAGCGGCGGAUUCGGUGGAGGCGUGAAUGUUGGCGGCGGCUUCGGUGGUUAUGGCGGCCACAGCGGCGGCUACGAGCAUCACGAGGAGCAUCAUGAGAGCCACUACAGCAGCGGCGGCAGUUAUGGAGGCGGCAGCUAUGGAGGCGGUGGAUUCGGAGGCGGUGGAUUCGGCGGUGGUGGCCUGUGGGGCAAAUAAGCGAGCCAAAAGCUCAACCAGAGACUUCUUGCCAUUAGCAUCAUUCUAUUUGUUAUUUAGUUUUAAGCUCAUAUCACAAUAAACAUGCACUUAGUGUU